AUGAUGGCACCCACCACUCCUACCAAGCCUGCCAGCUCUAAGGAGCCCACUACUUUGUUGUGGGCAUACGAGCUCCAACGAGAGAACAAGAUCCUGGCCCAGCACUUGGAUAAUGCCAACGAGCAACUUGAGGCAGGCCACGACCUCUCGCGGGUGCUGCACGAGCAUAUCCUCACUCUAUCCAACAUCAUCGACUCGAUCGACAGUACUCUGGAUAAUGGAUCCCAGAGCGGUUCAACUGAACAGAAGAAGUCGCCCGGUCAUCUGAAGCGAUCUUACAGCCCUUUCCACGGGUAUACCCAGGCUCUGGAACGCGAGAACAGCGACAUCAGCGCAUGCAUCGCCCAUUUGGAAAGCCUGCAUGAUUCUCAUCAGCCCUUGCCGGGGCCGGCCAUGAUCACUCCUCCUUCCUCGGCUGGCUCCAAGAACAAUUCGUCUGGUCAUAAGAGCAAGCGUGUCAGAAACUCCAAACUACCUCGGCCUUCAGGCAAUAAGACUACUCUCACCCAGACCCCUCGUGUUGCCGCACCACCUACACCCACUCCCAAGAGAGCCAAAACCAUUGACCAGUCCCUCAACACCGACACAGCCCAACCUCAGUCCCCUGGCACCGCAAAGAUCCUGGAACACACUUUAUUGGGGGUUCUGAAACAAAACGGCCGCACUUUGCAAGAGUACUUCGAAGCGGCUAUUUCUGUCCGGGACAGAAGUCUUCGUUCCAAGCAAGGAUCUGACACCGCCUUGAUCAAGGUCUUUAUUGCUGGCUGUGAGAAACGCGUCCACCGACUGCGGCUUAAGCAUUCCCUUCGCAAGGACGGUUGGACUUGGCCGUGGCUCACCCAGCACGUCAAUUGGCUGCUCAUGGAGGAGGACUAUCUUGAGAAGCAGGAGUUUGCGCUGGUUCAUCAGUUUGAGGAUGGGUCUGUUUUGUGGCCGGAUGGGUCACGUCGUCAUCGCUUUAUUGCGUUGCCUCCUAUCACCGAGGAGGAUUUUACAUCAACUGAUGGGAAAUAG